CGAUGAUCAGUUACGUCACCCACUCAUUUACCCAUUCAUCCAAUCUCGCCAGGCCAGCGUCAUCAUCAUACUCUCGUUGACGAGCUUCUGUUCAUCGAUCGUCAGGGAGACAGUGUCGUCAAAGCAAACAAAACUUGUGACACAAACAGAGGGCGCCACGAUCAUCGAGGUCGAUGACGACGACGAGUGGCACAAAGCGUCGAAACGUGCACUAGAGUAGAGGUGCACAAAGGACUCGCAUUGCAUCGAGCCAAACAUACAAAAGCACACUCGACAACCUUCUCGGAUCACAAUGGCCUCAUCCUCUUCCUCCUCUUCAUCAUCAUCAUCACCUCACCGCCCCGGCAGCAUGUCCACCCCUACCACAGCACGCGCGUAUCGCGCUCCCUUGGGGGAGUUGCCCCUCGCCACCUUCCUAGUCGCGACCAAUACGGUCAGCACCUCCACCUCGCCCACCUCGACAGGCGUAAGCCCUAUCCUCAAACCCGUCCAGGCUAACGCGAAACAGCAGCUCGCGGUCAGCCCUACGCGCGUCAAGCGCUCAGCAGCUGCGCAGGCACCGCGUACCCCUCCCCACCACGAGACGCACCCGGUCAACGUCAGACCUCACCACCCGCACGUCGCCUCUGGCCUUGAAGCUAUCGCUCAUCCCCCCGUCCCUCCGAGUCCUACUACGCACAUAGCGCCUGCUACACCACCUGCUUCGCUGCUAAAGCGACAGGCAAAGCACAGCGCCUCGCCACAACGACGAUCGAAUGUCGAGCCACCUCUCCCACCCGUGAGCUGCACGACUAAUCGCGCGAGCUCGUCAAAUGACCCCGCGCCCGUGCACGCGCAAUCCCUCCCCCGUAAGCGGGACAGGGUAGACGAUGUGACCGAGCUCGGGUUGGCGAGGGAGCGAGGCCAAGCACCAGUUUGGGCCAGUCCCAGUCCGCACAAGAAUGCCGCACUCGCAGCCGCCACCGCCGCGACAGGGAGCAAGCGUGGCUCCUUUAGUAGUCACAGUCAUAGGAGGAUGAGUUCCACUGGCUCCACGGGGGGUUUGAAGCUUUCACCGAAGCUCGGCCUCGGGAAAGGUGAUGCGUUAAUGAAAGAGGUGGACAGUGCAGUCGCUGAGGAGAGCGGCAGCGAUAGUGAGGAGGAGCAGGAGGAUGAAGAGCAAGUAGUAGCCGUGCCUCCUCUGCGCAUCCAGAGCCAAUCCCCUGCUUCCUCUCCGGCAGUCAACAGCAUCCGCACACCCGCGACCCCCUCGCGUGGCUCUUCCUCCGCUCAAGACGAGGAUGUCUUCGGUCUCACCACUUCUUCCCCUGGUGGCGGACUCGUCGUAUUCUGUGAUGCUACCCCGGAUAGUAUUCCUACAGUCACAAGGGCGGGACAUCUGGAGGCCGCAGCAGGUGGGGACGAGGAGAAUGACUCUACUGCCCUCAAAGCUCUCCUGCGCGAGCGUGAAGGUAGUGCGAAGCAGCAGCAGCACAAGAAGAGCAAAAAGACGCGAUCCGAUCCCGUUACUAGGGAGAAGAGCGGCACGAUCAAUAGCAACGGCAGCAGCAGCAGCGGCGGCGUCUCCUCCCCAGGCAAAAGCUCGUUGCCCACGAAGCGCAAGAAGGGCACGGGCGGGCGAUUGAGCCUUGUUGCUACGGGUGAGGCGGGGAAGGAUGAGCAGGAUGAGCAGGAUCAAGUCGAGGAGCAGGAGGAGGAUCCUAUGGCUUGAUUUUUCCCUCAUUCCGCUCUUCUGCCUCUACUCCCGCUACUGCUAUUCUCCUGCUCGAUUGAUACUGGACGUCAUGUCCGCCGCUGCCUUCCUUUCGCUAGUAUGUACGUACCUCUUCGCCCUCGCCGCACCUUUGAUACCUGUCUCUUGAUUGAACUUUCUCACGUCUUUGUCUGCCUAUCAUUUUCUCACCCUGUCUAUCCUGUAUAUCUUUCCACGAAUCUGAAUCAAGUGCGCUA